GCACUCCAGAAGCGCUGGGCAGGGAGGGCUGCGCUGGGGCAGCGCCUCCGGCUGCCAUGCGUUGGCUAGGCCAGCCUUGCGCGCUGCCUCCGCUUUUCCCCAGGGGGCCGUUCCGGGCGGGCGGCGGGCGCGUCGCCUUGGCCCAAGCGGCCGGCACUGGCGGCAGCCUCCGCGCGGGGGCAGUUCGGGCCGGCGGCGCUGCGCCGGGGUUCCUGUGGGGCCAGGUGCAGCCCAGCCGGGCAGUUGAGACUCAGCCUCCCGGCCAACGGCAUCAGCGAGGCGGUCUCCGGCUCCUGCGCUGCCUCUUGCGAGAAUCGGGGCUGCGGCACCCACCCACCCGCUUUUGGCUCCCGGCGGCGGCUGGCGGUCCCCUCCGCAGAGGAAGCGAACCGCUGUGCCGCCCGUCCAGUCCGCUAGAGACGCCGGCGGCGGAUCCCCGCCAGCUGCGCUCCAAGACAGCCUGGCAAACGACGAGGAGUUUCUCCGCCAGCGGAGAGGACAGCCGCGGCGGCGGACCCCGCAGCAACCUCGCUUCUCCCAAAGCUACAGGUGCACCCCCAGAAAAUCCCAACCAGGAAAAUGGGAAGAAACCUAAUAAAUCCCAGCAGUUGAAGAAAAUUUUUAAGGAAUACGGAGCUGUCGGAGUAACGUUCCAUAUUGGGAUUUCAUUGAUGUCUCUGGGAAUGUUUUAUUUGGUUGUGUCAAGCGGAGUGGACAUGACCACUGUUCUCUUCAAGCUGGGAUUUGAUGAAGCCCUUGUGCGAUCCAAGCUAGCUGCAGGAACAAGCACUUUUGUAUUAGCCUAUGCUAUUCAUAAACUGUUUGCUCCAGUCCGGAUCAGCAUCACCAUAGUCUCAGUGCCCUUCCUUGUUCGCUAUUUUCGGAAGAUAGGCUUUUUCAAGCCUCCAGCUCCAAACCCGUGAUGUUCCUCUGUGGAAUUCAAUAGAAAAGGAUGCUCCCUUGCUUCUUCAUAGAAACAUUUGGAAGCUAAUGCACUCUGGUGUGCCUGUUUGGACCCCCCAAAUCUCUUUCUCAGAAAUGGUGGGGAAUGUGCUUUCUCUGAAAUCGGUAACUAGUUUAAAAAGACUACUAUCCAUGUCGCUCAGAUACAUUGUUAGCUUACUGAAGCAGUGGAAGAAUUAUUGAUUGGGUAUGCUGAUAAACAUGUCAGGUCUGAACACUGGAUCUUUUAACCCAGUACUAUUUGUAUGGAGCAGCAAGGCUUUUUAAGACAACGGGCCUGUUCAAGAUUGUCCUAAAGUGCAGGACGUUGAAAAACAGGCAUAAAUGACAAGAAAGCAGGUUCAAGUUGAACUUUAGAAACACUCCUAAGAGCAGUUUGACAGUGAAGCCAAUUUCUGAGGGAGGCCAUGAUUCCUUUUCUGGGUAUGUUCAGAUUUUGAUUCCUUAACUGAGGAAAGGUGUAAACUCUGUAGCCUAAAUGGCCCUUUCAGUUGAUUCUAACCCUCCCCCAUUCUCUACAAGCUCAACCAAUUAAGCUGAUUGAAUUUAGGAUGCAAACUAAUACUAAUACUAAAUAUCAUGUUUCGUGUGCAGUGAUCUUGUAAAUAAAGGUCAAAGCCAUUUCAAUGCUAGAUCUGCAAAUGCUGUACGUACAUAAAUAAGCGCUAGAUUCUAGGGAGUCAUAUUUGUCGCAUUCCAGAAGGUAACAUUCUAGCAUCUAGUUUUUCGUUGACAUGAGCUAUUGGACGCUUGCAUCUGUUGCCCAUAAUAGCUUGCAGGCGUGGGGGAAUUUCCUGCCAAAAAUGGUACAAUGGUAGAGUGAUUUAAUGACAGUGGAUAAAAGUAUUAGCAUACUUAAUUGGACAGUUGGCCAAUUUGAGAAUGGGCAGGGCAGGGGAGAUAGAAGCUAGGAUUUACUGUUUUUCCUGAGCUUAGUGUGCUUUGAUGUGGAAGGUUUCUUUGGUUGGUGGUGGUAUGCCCAUUUACAGGUUUUACAUAUUUCUGCCCUCAGUUUUCAGCCAUCAUAGUCAGAAGAGACUUCCAGGGGCUGCAAAAACAAAGGCUUGGGGACACAAAUUGCCAUCCUGUCUUAUGGAAAGCAGCAUCAGACAGAAACUAUGCCAGUGGCUGAUCCACAGCAGUGGGGAUACUGCAGAAAUUAUCUGCAAGGAUGAGCUACAAAUAAUACACAAUGAGGACGUACAGUAGAUCUUGUAGAACUGCGUGAUACCUCUGGCUUCCUUUCCCUGCACUUUCAGCUAUUUUAACUUUUUAAACCUGGGACUGAAGCAUCACUGCAGUGAAUGCAGGAAAUGGAGAAUGGAUUGAUAACAAUAAAAAAGGGUAGCUUCAUUCCUUAGUGGCACAGCAUGCUGAGGAUAGAACCAGUAACAUGUACAUCUACUGGCAUGUAUCUGCAAAACAAACAUCUUACAAUCCUACAGUUAGAAGCCACUGAGGCCAUCAAAUUUAACCCUCCAUUGAAUGUAGGUAUCUAAAGCAACCCCACAAUCUACCCUCUGCAUUAGUACUUUAUAUUUACUAAAAGGAAGGCCAUCAACUCCUAAGAAAUCUCUUUCCCUACCAAACUGCUUAUCCUUGGGAAGCUUUUCCUAACAUUCAACCAUAACCUGCCUUCCUAUAACUUAAGACCAUGCCAUUCCAUACAAUUGCUCUACCCUGACCUUUCUAAAUAUACCAUGCAAGUAUUUUUGAGGGGAAAUUGGCAGGCUCGUCUUUUAUGCUUGAUUGUAAUCAGUUGGCUCUUGGAGGAUUUGAAAAGUGGUUAAAGCUGAGGAGUGCUCUCUAUAUAAACUAGUGUGCAAUCCACUAAAUAAAUUGAUAACCUGUUUGCUACUGUUUCUAAAUUGUUUUCCAAAAGCAUAGGAAUUAAGUCAGUUCAUAAUGCGAUACUAUUUUGUGAAAAAGCAAUCUUGUGAAAUAAGAUGAAACCUAUUACUUUGAUAGAUAAAAUUGACAAGUUUACCUAUGUGCUGUGAAUAAAGAUAACUUAAGGCUUCAGUGAACCAUAGUCAACUGUAAAAGCCAGAUAGUUCAACACAUUGGGAUGAAAUAAAAUAAUCCAAAUCCUGGGAUCUAUCCCAGACAUUAAGGUGGUUUUAAAUUUACAUGAAGUUGCAGGCAGUGGCUGGGUUCAUACAUUGCUCUAAAUCACGACCCAUACUUUGCAAGCCACAGAGGUUACAUAGAUACAAUAUACUAAACAACACUAAAGAAAUUGCAUGGCUUAGCACAGGUACAUGAUUCCAAUCACUGGGGGAACAUUCAGCCACUGAAUUUAAGAAUUCGAUACUGAAAAAAUUACUAUGUAGAAUAAAGUACAAUUUUAUAAUUAUAUUUGAAGGGUCAUACAUGCAACAUGUAAAUUAAGCUACCUAUUCCAAAAGCUUUCAAUGAUUAAACAAAAUUAAGUAACAAUGUGCCUGCCAAGUCUCAUGGAAUCAGAUCAAUUCCAUGGGGGCAGCAAAGGAAAAAAUGCAUAGAGUUUCAUUACUAUUCCAAGGAUCACAGCAAAAUUAAUUUGCACUACAUCAGAGUAUAAAGUUGUUGCUUCAACAGAAAAAAAUAAUCUGCUUGCUUUGCGCAGUAAUUCACAAGAAGGAAAAGAUACCUGUGUUCGUUAUAUGCCUGUUUUUUAAAAAAAAUUAAUUAUUGAGUACAGCCACUCCUCGUUGAGUGACUACCUUGGUUAGCAACCAUUCACAAAUACAAUGGUAAUAAAACUUCAUCUUCUGACCAAUGCACACAUUUAUGACCAAAUUUCAUGUGCCCGACAACAAAUGCCUUGGGUAUGAAACUGAUUACAGUCUGGUCACUUACAGGCAGCAGCCUAGCAGGCUGGAGGUCUCUAACCAACUAAUUAAGGUCACAGUUGAGCUUGUUAACUUGUGGUUAGCACUUUUUAGGUUAGCAGCCCAGAGAAAAGCAGCUCAGGAAGGGACAGCUAGUUUAAGCAGCCUCUCUGCCCUGCGAGUGGGGGUGGGGAAAAGGGUCAGGCACAGGGCACUGUAGGAGAGAAUUUUAUCUAAGGUGGCAAAAACCAGUGAACUUCACAGCAUCUCUGUCACAUGUUCACUUAAGGACCAAGUCAUCGGAAUGGAAUAUGGUUGCUAAAUGAGAGGGUGUAAAUUCAUACCAGGCCAAUGGUUUAACAUAUUACAUUAACUUUGUUACAUCAAGGCACUGUUAAAGUCAGCAGAUCAUUGUAGCAGGUCCUAGCUUACCACCAAUUCUAAGUAGAAUAUCACCCAUCAUUUCUGAAUUCAAUUUCAAGCCCACUUUCAAUAGAUACACUGUAUUUUGAGAAUUUCCUGGAAUCAGUAUUUUCCACAAUAGAUGAUUUGGAAAGUACAAGGCUUGUAUUUUCAGGACCAAACAUUCAGUUUAUCUAAACUGUACUGGUAGCUUGAAGUGAAAUUGUAUGCUUGGAUAAAUGUAAAUUCUAAGAUUAAAGUACCAUAAGGUGCAAGU